GUGAUGAACCCGGUGCCGACUGCGGACAGCUUGUCUCGUUGCCUCGUGCUCUUUUCUCGCAGUUUCACACAACUCUUUUCUUUCUGACUCUUCCGGUGUUUGGCGUGCUUCCUCCAUAAGCAAGCUUUCCCGUACAGCUUGUUCAAUCAAAUCUUCCAGUCAUAGAUCCUACGAGUCCUAGAAACCUUCAAAAUGGCCGACAUCAGCGACGCCGAGCUCCGCGAAAUCUACGACUUUGCCGUCCAAUUGGGCAAAGAGGCGGGAGAAAUGCUCAUGACGGCAGCCAAGUCAAGAUGGGGAUCCGGAGGAGAGACGCAGGCAUUCACGGAAAAGGAUAACUCGGUCGAUUUGGUGACCAAGACAGACACAGAAGUCGAAGCUUUCAUCCACACAUCCGUCGCAAAGAAGUAUCCCAGCCACAAUUUUCUCGGCGAAGAGACAUAUUCGGCCGGCGCAUCGCGUGAUUACCUCGUCGACGAACGGCCGACAUGGAUCGUUGACCCCCUCGAUGGCACCGUGAACUUCACCCACCUUUUCCCAAUGUUCUGCGUCUCAAUCGGUUUCGCUGUCAAGGGAAAACCCGUCAUUGGCGUCAUCAAUGCCCCCUUCUUGAACCAAACUUUCUCGUCGCUCAAGGGACAUGGUGCAUGGAUGAACGAGACACAGAGGCUGCCGCUGGUUCUGAACCCACUGCCCGCCAAUGCGCCCAGCGGCUGCGUCUUCUCCUGCGAGUGGGGCAAGGACCGUCGAGACACGCCCGACGGCAACAUGCACCGCAAGGUCGAGAGUUUCAUGAACAUGGCUGCUGAGCGCAAGGGACGAGGCGGCAAGGGUGGCAUGGUACAUGGCAUGAGGAGCUUGGGAAGUGCUACUCUGGAUUUGGCAUAUACAGCAAUGGGGUCGUUCGACAUUUGGUGGGAGGGCGGAUGCUGGGAAUGGGACGUUGCUGCAGGCUUCGCGAUCCUCGAGGAGGCCGGUGGUCUCGUGACUAUAGCAAACCCUCCCGAAGACACGAGCGUAGUGCCGGAAGCCAAGCUGGGCGGAAGGCUGUACCUCGCCAUCCGACCUGCAGGAUCGACCGAGUCCGAGACGGCACGACAGGCACAGGAGAGAGUGGUGCGGGAGACGUGGAAGCGAGUGAGAACAUUGGACUACUCGAGACCCGGCGCGUAGAUCAUAUAAAUGGCAGAAGCAGAAGAAAGACAAAUACAAGGUAUCCGAUCCAAUCUGAUCUAGAGAUCUGUCUUUGCCUCCUCCCCAGCCCAUGCUCUGCGAAUAAUUUCACGGAUCGUAGCCUUCU